AUGGCUUCGCAGAUACCGCCCGCCCUCCGUGGCGCAACAUCGUCUGCGACACGGACUAUAGGAGACCUUAUCAAGCGGAUCAACAUCCCACUGACACCGACAAGUCCCCCAGGCUUGGUGCAAGCGGACACGGUUGAUCCUUGGACCAAGGCUGGAAAAUAUGGUUUAGGGUGGACGUAUUUCUCAGUCGCGCUGAUGAUGUCAGUUGUGAUUGUCCGAGUGUGGCAUUGGUGGCAAGACAAGAUCAGGCAAGCCAUUUACAAGCAGGAAGUCGAGCAGUACUAUCAGAACCUCUACAGUGCGGAGGCUGAAUGGGGUCAAACAUCUACGCAGACUGGUGGACAACUCAGCGGGCAACCGGUCCCGGCGCGACACUUCUUCCCCGAGGAGGAGAAAGCCGAGACAGCCUUUCGUCCCAAAUCCCACAUGUCUUCCAUUGGCUUUGUCAACGACACUCUGGCCCUCUUUCGAUGGACUUUCUACCGACCGAUCCCGGACAUUAGAUGGCGCAAACACACAUUCACAUUCUCAUCUCUAUCGGUGUUGACGGUCGGCUUCGUUGCUUUGGUAUUUGUCUCCUUAUACUGCUUCCUCCAGCAGCCACUAUACUGGGCCAGCAUUCGAUACGGUUCACCACCGCUCGCCAUCCGAGCCGGCAUGAUUGCGCAGGCCAUGACCCCAUGGAUCAUUGCCACGAGCAUGAAGGCAAACAUCCUGAGUCUCAUCACAGGCAUUGCCGCCGAUCGGCUCAACGUAUUCCACCGAUGGGCAGGCUACUUGUGCUUGUUCCUAUCUCUGGUCCACAUGGUCCCAUUCUUCAUCCAACCGGUGUGGGAGGACGGUGGAAUGACGGUGUUUAACAAGUUGUUUCCUCCGGGAAGCGGUAUUAUUUACGGCAGCGGCAUAGCCUGCUUUGUUCCUCUCUGCUGGCUGUGUGUGCUCUCUCUGCCGGUACUGCGGCGACAUUUGUACGAAUUGUUCUCGAUUCUUCAUGCUCCCGUCGGGUAUGUCUAUAUCGGCCUCUUGUUCUGGCAUACGAAGAACUUCCUGAUGUCUUGGGACUACCUAUACGCGUCUAUUGCUAUCCUUGUGAUUUGCAACAUCUGGCGACUUUCCAAGCUGAACUGGACCAAGCCAUGGAGAAUGGCAUUUAUGGUAGGGGACGAGGCAGCUAUCCAGAUUAUGACGGAGAACACGAUCAAGAUCACGAUCCCAACCCAGUCUAGGUGGUCACCGGGACAGUACUUUUACCUCCGUAUGCCGGGCAUAUCAUUGCUCGAGAAUCACCCAUUUACGGUCACGUCGCUGUGCAGCGAGGAUUUCCCUUCAGAGUACGGCGAACAGUAUCGGGAUUGCGUGUUGGUGUUCCGACCCUACGGUGGUUUUACGAAAAAGGUACUCGAAACUGCGAUAGAGAAGGGGCCGUUCCAUACAUACCGGGCUUUUCUGGAUGGGCCGUACGGAGGCAUGCGCCGAGAUCUCGCGGCGUUUGAUACCUGUAUCCUGAUUGCCGGAGGAAGCGGCAUCACGUCGCUGAUGUCGCAAUUGCUCAACUUGAUCAAGCGGAUGCGAGACGGCAAGGCCAUCACCAAGAAGAUUGUCGUGGUAUGGUCUUUGAAGCGGCUCGAGGCCAUGGACUGGUUUCGCGAGGAAUUGCGCAUCUGCCGCGAGGCUGCGCCGCCAGAAAGUGUCACCUGCAAGUUCUUCGUGACAGCAGCGACCAGAAGUUCGCAUGGCGGCCAGGUUGGCGCGAGUGCUCGCGCGCCCCGGCCCAUAUCCAACAUGUUCCAUGACAGGCUGGACGGCUUCGUCGCGGGCAUUGCCUCGAAGCGCAACUCAGCACUGAUUGCGGAUGUCUCACAAGGCGAUCCGAAUAGGGAGGCCGAACUGAGAGCAGAGCAGCAGGAUCGGUUCACCGCGCUGCCUCAACAAAAAUAUCUGCAGCCACACAACAUCCCGCCUCCACCACCGAAUCCGCCGAAAAAUCGACAAUCGUACACAGACGAUGCCUUGCGCCGCCUCGAGGGCAACGAGGGCGACGAGGACAACGCAGACGCAAGAGACGCAAAGGAUGGUGCGUCUGAGUUGCCUGAUGACAAGGGCAAACAGAAAGACUUCCACUUCCCUCCCUUAAAGCCCAAGGCGGACGGCCCGUUUUUCAACUAUGCGCCGCCGAAUUCGCCGGGUAAUAAGCGAUUCAGCCAGCUCCUCGAACCUCCACAAAGCGGGUCACACCCCGAGUCGCCACAGCCAUCGUCAGACAUCCCUCGGGCCCCUGAUGUGCCCGAACUAGCACACCUCCGCACCGACGUGGGUGGGCUGAACCGACCUCGACCGACCAGCACCUUUGGCCCGCCGUCUGGGUUCGAGUUCGGGUUCCCCGAGACGCCGACCGAGUUCCAGAAGAACUUGAUGCGGUUCGCAUUUCCGGUGCCUCACGAGAUCGACGGGGGCUGGAGCGUUGAAUAUGGGCGGCCGGACCUCGGUUACAUGCUCAAAGAGUGGGCAACGGGCGGGAGUGACGGGCGUGGAAUACUGGGGAGAAGGACGGCGGUCUUCGUGUGUGGGCCGCCGAGCAUGCGUGUGGGCGUCGCGACCACCGUGGCGAGGCUCCAGGCGGAGAUAUGGGGUGACCCCAUGCUGGAGGAGAUUUACCUGCAUGCGGAGAACUAUGCCCUGUGA